AUGCGUUUUAACAGCCUAUGUGAUAUAUUAAACAAAUCUCAAGCUCAAAUAAUUGGUUUACAAGAAAUGACAAAAAAUACUCUUCAACAACUUUCAUCUCAAUCAUUUGUUCAAGAACGAUAUUAUUUAUCUGAUUUCGAUGGUCCUAUAUUCAAUACUUGGUAUGGCGUUGUUUUAUUAAUCGAUAUUCAACUUCAUGUUUCUGAUAUAAAUUUAAUUGAUUUUCCUCAGUCAACAAUGGGUCGUCGUUUAAUACUUGCAGAAAUAAAAUUAGAUCAAGACGAAAUCGUUCGUAUUGGUACUGUUCAUUUAGAAUCUUUGAAUAAUAAAGAACAACGAUCAUAUCAAUUAGAUAUAUGUCAAAAGAAAUUUAAUCAUUCUCCAGGUAGUUAUAUUUUAAUGGGAGAUUUUAAUUUUAAUGGAAAUGGUCAAGAAAAUCUUGAUCAAUUUAAUAGAUCACCAAAAUGGAUUGAUGUUUGGACUUAUUUAAUGGAUUCCGAUAAUCAUGGCUACACAUUUGAUACAGAAACAAAUUUAAUGACAAAACUUCAUUGUAGAACAUCAGAUCAAUCAAGAUAUGAUCGAAUUAUUUUCUUAAACAAUUAUUCCAACUGA